UUUCGUCAGCCAUUUUUGUUGCAGCACAGCAAUGGCGUCCUUUAGCUUCGGCUCCCUGCUGACGCUCUCAGCGAUCUUCAGGUCGGUACUUAUCAUCUACGGCGAGUGGCAGGAUGCGCACAUGGAAGUUAGAUACACUGAUGUCGAUUACAUCGUAUUCUCAGACGCUGCUUCUCUAAUGGCGUCCGGAAAGUCCCCUUAUCUGAGAUCCACUUACAGAUACUCACCGUUGCUCGCAUUUUUGCUCAUACCGAACUCUAUCUUCCAUCGCUGUUGGGGAAAAUUUCUAUUUUCAGCGUCAGAUUUGCUCGUCGGCUUCUUUAUACGUACUAUUUUGAAGAAACGUGGUGUUCCAGAGAAUUUGUGCAUUGGUUCUGUUAUGGUUUGGCUUUUUAACCCGUUUACGUUUACCAUUGGCACCAGAGGAAACUGCGAGCCUCUUGUUUGUGCAAUGGUUCUGAAGAUCCUUUUGUGUCUGAUGAACGGCCAGUUGCUACAAGCUGCAUUUUGGUAUGGUCUUGUCGUCCAUUUCAGAAUCUACCCGAUCAUCUAUGCCCUUCCAAUACUUCUGAUUCUCAAUCCAAAUCUUUUCAAAUCUGAUCAGAGCCCCGCUCUUCAGAAAUGGAGUCAGCGUGAUGAAGAGGCUCCUCAGAGCAAUUUAGGAUUGCGGUUGGCUCAUAGUUUUAGUCCAUGGUUUCUUAUAAGAACCAUAAUGACGAAGGAAAGAAUACUUUUUGGCCUCAUUUCUGGUUCGAUUUUCACCUUCUGCACUGGAUUGUUCUAUUAUCUAUAUGGUUGGGAAUUUCUGCACGAGGCGCUGUUCUAUCAUCUUACACGUACCGACCCAAGGCACAAUUUCUCGAUUUAUUUCUACCACAUCUAUCUGCACCAUGAACACGAGUUCUCGGUCAUGGAGAAGCUCAUUUCAUUUCUGCCCCAGUUGGUAGUGCAGCUCGUUCUCGUUUUUUCGUUUGCUCAAGACCUUCCAUUCUGCUGGUUUGCACAGACUGUAGCAUUUGUGGCAUUCAACAAGGUGAUCACAGCACAAUAUUUUGUCUGGUUCUUCUGUCUUCUACCUUUGAUUCUUCCAUGGAGUAAGAUGAAGCUUAAAUGGAAAGGUGCAUUAUCGAUAUCGAUCUGGACGGGAGCACAGCUUCAUUGGCUGAUGUGGGGUUAUUUGCUGGAGUUCAAGGGAAAGAAUGUGUUGAUUCAACUGUGGAUGGCAAGCAUCUUGUUCUUGGCUGCAAACACAGCCGUUUUGAGCUUAAUCAUCAACCAACACAAGCUCUCUGCGCUUUUCACGCUACUUGAAAACACAGCUAACAAUACAAAGAAAUCCAACUGAUGCAUUAUGGUAGAUUCUUGCAAUCUCUUCAGAAAUGAACUUUGGAGCAGGGGAGGUCAGUCUUGAGCAAUUUGUUAAUCAUUAAGUUAUUAAUGGAGAAUAUGAACAAAUAUUUGCAAUUUGAAGAAUAGUCUUGCUAUCUCUUAAUCUUUUCAUAGAAAGAGCUACCUCCAUAAAUUAGGGUACCCUUAAAUGAUCUGAAUUCGUAUUUUUGACUAGUAGACUAAGUUAGGGUACCCUUAAGUGAUUUGGAUUCGUACGUUUGACUAGUAGACAGAAGUUAAACUACUAAGCGUAAGAGCUGUUGUAGUGGAUUUGUAGUGAGUGUGUCAAAGUUAGUAAAAGUUUGGAGAUAAAACUCUGUUUGAAGGCAUUCUUAUAGGGAGAUUAGUGAUUGAAACUUGGAACUAAGUCA